AUGGACGCCCGCCGUCGCAGAGGCGCCUCGCCGGCGAGCGGAUCGAAGCGAUCCCGCUCGCCGGACAACGUGGAGGAUGCGUGGCGGCUUUUUUGCAAAAGAUCCGCCGCCGGCAGCCGCCGCGCGGCCUGCAAGUACGACGGCGGGGAGUUCGUGCGCGAGAAGCUCCGCGACUUCACGCGCGGCGGCCGCCGGGUAAUUGUCUCCAUUACACUCCUAUCAAGUCCCUCCGUUGCAAAUCCAUACUAUCAACUAAGCCCGGUGAUCAGGGGGGUACGUGAGCACGCCCUAGCUGCUCGACACGUGUCUAACACCAUCCACUAUUCCGUUAACUUAUCACGGGGGAAGGCGCAUGUGGUCGCGUAUGUCCUCUUCCACCUCCACUGCUCAUUCUCUCUCUCCCCCAAAUCGAAACUGCCCUUCGUCGGAAGCCUCCCCUUCCAAUCGAGGACGCGCAACGUCCGCCCGCGCUCGUCCCCCCUGCAGAGCCACGGCCGAGACGCGCAGCGCUUGGGAGCGGGCGUCGCUGGCCUCCUCUAUGCUCGACUGCGGCAUCUGCCGGCUCCCGCGCGCCGGAGUUGCUGGGCGGCGAGCUGUGGAGCGUCGCGUGCGGCUGCCGGCGGCGGAGCAACGAGGAAGUUGGGAGGAAAAGAGAAGCGCGCCGGCGAGCUCCCCUCCCCCGCCGACGAUUCCUGCAAGCUGCGCCAUGGAGACGAGGUCGGGCGCGGUGGCCCCGUCCAGGUGACGCCGGAGCCCCAGAUGCAGUGCAGCAUGCCGUCGCCGCGUCGCAGUAGCAGGCGCACCAUCCACCACCUGGUGCUGCUGGGGAGCACGGGCCGCCGGGGAGACCGCCGCGGGGAAAAUCGACGGCCGCGCCGCCAUCCAAUCUGGCCGCAGCUCCCCAUCGCCUCUCUUCCAAGCAUCUCUCGUCCGUGCGCCGCCGAUGGGAGGCCUGCCGUCAGCAGCAUCGGCCGCCGCUCCGACGGAUCGCCUACUACGGCCUCUUCGUGCUCUCCCUCCUCGCCUCAUGGGUGCUCCGCGAGGUCGCCGCGUCCCUCCUCCAGUACCAUCCCAUGUUUCUUACAAGUAACUUCUCUAAUAAAUUAUGAAGCUGAUGGUUGUUGAGUUUGCUGAUCACUGUUGCAAUAUGGAGAAACUGCUUUUACUUGCUCAUCAACUCGAUGUAUCUAGUUUUGGUAGUAAUACGGGAGUUUAUCAGACUUUCCAUUCGGAGUAGCACACUCUAAUAGAAUUGCUAAAUUAUUUCAGCAUGUAAUACUGAACUUGGUAUAUACUCUGUUCGUCCAUGGAUUUUCUGGUCCAGAAUUAUCAAUGUUUUGUGAUCUUA